CAGAGGUUGCGCAGGGAAUUGAUAAUAUGGCAAAAACUUAUCCACGACAACAUCCUCCCAUUAUAUGGGGUUGCCCUCGGAUUCGGUCCGUUCACUGCCAUGGUGUCACCAUGGGCAAAAAAUGGAUCCAUGACCGCGUAUCUCGAAUCUCAUCGAGACCUAAUGAUACCCGAUCGAUUCAAACUAUUGUCCGAUAUCGCAAGUGGUUUACAUUAUCUUCAUUCAAGCCAAGUUGUACACGGAGAUCUCAGCGGGUCCAAUGUUCUGGUGAUGGAGAAUGGAACCGCUUGUCUUUCGGAUUUUGGGCUUUCUGGCGUAAUAUCCGAAUUUUUUGGUUCAUCGACCUUUUCCUCUACCAUCUCCGGGAAUAUUCGGUGGGGAGCACCAGAGCUGUUCGCUGUACCGGAAACCCAGGAUGACGCUCCAACAAAUCGCCCGAGUAAAGAAGCUGAUAUUUACUCAUUUGGCAGUAUCAUGUUACAGGUUCUCUCUGGGAAGGUCCCUUACUAUUACAUCAAACAGCAGAUGCAGAUCAUUGUGAUGGUAGUGAAUGGUAAGAGACCUAGACGCCCGGAGGAGCCGAAGAUCGCCGAUGGACAUUGGAGCAUGAUAGAAUGCUGCUGG